ACCAGAGAGAUGGAUGCCAUGCCAGCGAGCUGAGCUUGCUGCCAGCGGCGGUGGUCCAACUAUAAAACCCGGGGCAGCGCCACCAGUUCAGUCCACCACCCCCCAGCGUCCAUCUCAUCCCCGUUUGCCGUUGAGAAUUCCUUUCACCUCACUCUUGAGCACGCGGCGGCGGCUCCUCACUCUCGCGAGCGAGCACGGGCGAAAUGGCGCGCCACGCAGGGAAGCCCCUCCUCGCGCUCCUCGUGCUGUCCAGCCUCCUCCUCUUCCUCCCGCUCGUCGCCUCCGUCCCCUUGCCAAGAAGCCUGCGCCUGGGGAACCCGCAGCAGCACCCGCCGGCUGUGAAGCUUGCUGCUUCUUCUCAGGAGGCGGCGAUGGCGGCGUGGAACCUCGGCAGCAGGCCGGCGGCGAGGCUGGCCGUGGAGGUGAACGACUACCAACCGUCCGGCCCCAACAACCGCCAUGACCCGCCCAAGGGUCCCGGCAGAGCGUGAACAGUGGACCCAAUAACCCUCCAUCUUCUUCGCCAGUAGUACAAAAGUGCUUGCUUGCUUGCUAGUUCGAUCCUGUAUUCUAAAAUGGUAGCAGAAACAAAAUCACCUACUAGUAGUUACAGAAGGGGUCUGGGGGUCGAUCGGUAUCUGUCUAUAUGCCGCGCCGAUCGGCUGGCUGUUCUUGAGUUUGUUCAUCAGAACUGCCACAUCGGUUUCUCGUGCUGUGCAGGUGUUGAAUACAGUGCCCCGGAUUAUUCAGCUCCA